AACAACCUUAGAUGGGUUAGGGCACACAGUGUUCAUCAUUCAAACACUUUCAGAGAACCGGAGGCGGAGAGAGACUGAUAGAGAGAGAAAAUCGAAUCAAUGAAGAUCCCCACUUUUCCGGCAAGUACUGAUCUCUACUCUUUGUUGUGAUUGAAAGCAUAUUAUGAUACAUCACUGUGUUUCUUCAAGAAAUGAGGACUGUAUAUAUCUGCAAAAGUCUCAUCUCUCUUUCUCUCAAGAAUUCUUCACAUCUCAACAAAACCCCAAUCUCUCUUUUCUCCCUCAACUUCUUCUCUUCCUCUCCAAAAAGCCCCAUUGCAGUGGCGGAUUACUUGAUUGAUAGACACAUAUUUUCUCCUGAAACUGCUUCGAAAGUCUCUUCCGUCGUAAAGUAUCUGAAAAGGCCUGAAGAGACCGAUUCAAUUCUUUCAUUUCUUCAGGAAAGUGGUUUUGCGGAUACCCAUCUCGAGCGUGUCAUCAAAUCCGCGCCUCAACUUCUCGCUGCAAAUCUUGAGCUUUCCAUCAAACCCAAAUUCAAGUUUUUUCAAGACUUGGGUAUUUCUUCUAGCGAUAUUGUGCAAAUUGUUUCGUCUGACCCUCGGAUUCUAACUCGUAGCGUUGAUAGUCAGCUUGGCCCAUCGAUUUUAGCAUUGAAGAGUGUUUUGGUUUCGAAUGUGGAUAUGUCUACGUUUUUAAAGAGAUCUGGGCGUAUUCUGAGGCUUGAUUGGGCGAAAACUAUGAUUCCCAAUAUUGAAUUUUUGAAGAGCUGUGGCAUUAGUUCGUCGCAAAUAAGUCGAUGUGUCUAUAAUUGCCCAACAUUUUUCUUUUGUAAACCAACGAGAAUUAGAGAAAAUGUGAAGAGGGUUGAUGAGAUGGGCUUUGACAGGAAUUCUAAGAUGUUUCUUGAAGCGAUUCGGAUUAUUAGUUCGAUAACUAUAGAGAAUUGGGAGUUGAAAUUGGUGCUUUUUAAGAGUUUGGGGUUUUCGGAAGAUGACAUUUUGUCAGUUUUUAGGAGAGCGCCUCAGUUAUUUGGUCUGUCAGAGAGGAAAAUUAAGGAGACAACACAGCUUUUGGUUAGCACGGGAUGACUGAUAAGAAGUUCUUUGAGAAAUAUGUACUCCCUCAUUCAAAUGAGGUUGGCAAAUUAUUUGUGGCUACAAGGCCUCGUUGAAAGCAGAAAUAUGUGCAUAAAAUCAUGACAUCAUUUGUGACUUAAUUAUUUAUUACCUAGAGACUGAAUCUUUUUCCCGAUAAGCAAAUAACUUGGUGGCAUAGCAUGGCAGGUAAGUAGGUACUUUUUUGCACUAGAUUUUCACAAAAUUUUCUUGUAUCCAUAUGGUGUAUUACUCAAAAAAACAUGGAUUAAUUUUCCAGGUUGCUGUCUCAUUUCAAAUGUGUUGAAAUAUAUCCUUAAUUCAACAAUUCUUUUUUCUUUUUUCAAAUUUUCAAUUGAGGCAUCAUGUUGAAUAAUCCUGAUAGGUAAUAUAUCUUGCUCAAGCUUUCUCA